AGCAGCUAGAUCUACAGCAGAUCUACAGCUAGAUCUGCAGGAGCUAGAUCUACAGCAGAUCUGCAGCUAGAUCUACAGCAGAUCUGCAGCACAGGCAGAGCAGUCAAACUCAGGCAGGGGAAGUGACACCUGUGACAAAACUGGAAAACAGAAGGUCAGCGGCUUUGUGGUCCUGACUGGUGCGGAUUCAACAUCCUGGAGGUUCGUCGGUUCAGAGCGCUCUGGAGGAAGAACCCGUUCCUGUGUGGCAGCAGAGCAGAAGGUGUAGCGCAGAUCCAGCUGUGGAUCGGCGGGCCUUCAGCCGGGAGAAUUUCCAUCGGCUUCGGUCCAUUUCAGUUUGGUCUUCAGCUUGAAGAGCAGGCGUGGAAAGACGUCCGGCUGCAUCCCUGUGUGCAGCUUCCAGCUUCUCUUUUGUUGUGAACCUUUUCAGGAAGCUUUCAGGUGUAAACUGAUGGGGCUGAAGGACUCGCAUCAACAGCUGUCCCUCAAACUGCUGCUGAGACACUCAUCCACACAAACUUUGAGUUAGAAGUGAUGUUCUGAAGCAACAUUUAUUUUAAAAAGUCCUGUUGAUCUUAACUUGUAAACAAUGGAGUGGAAGCUUCUUCCUGUAACACAGAAACCAUGAAUUAGACUUCGGUGCUCCUCCAACCAGACUCCACGUCAUUUAUCCUGAUUUCCUCUAAGUUUUCCCAAUCAGGAAGACCGGAAGGUUCUGGAGGUUCUGGAGGUUCUGUAGACCCGCAGGUCCACCAUACAUUCCUGACAUUCAGCUCCUUGCCGGCGUCCCGGCGUCUGGAUUGUAUUCCCGGUCCUCUUUUCUGACCAAGUCUUCAUGCGUUCCUGAAAGCAGCAGAGUGCCGCCGCCCCUCCCUUUCCUGCCGGUCUCUCAGCAGAGGAUGUGUGGUGGAGGGAGGGUGUGUAGAGAGAGGAAAGCCCUGGAAUGGAGAGAGCCGCUCUCCUCCACCCUUUGCUUCUCCUCCUUCCUCUGUCUGCCAGUCUUCACCCUCCUGAGGCUGCUUUGUAGCGUGGGCGCCUUCAGUCCUGGCCCUCGGGGGGGGACAAGGAGUCUGGCUGGAGGACGGAAACCUGAACUUCAAUGUCAGCUGGAGACCAGAGGAAUGGUGGUGACAAGAGUGAAGACAUGGUGUCCCGGGCCGCUGUGUGGCCAGAGGUGGAAAGGGCGGAGCUCCUGGCCCGCGGGGCGGCCCUGAAGUGGGCAUCAGGUGUUUUCUGUCGGCCUGAACACCUGGAGCGCCUGAGCCAGUACAGGAAGAGGGAGAGUCAGAGGACCUCAUCCAUCCACACCCGGCUGAAGUCUAUGGUGCAGUCGUACCUGGAGGGGGUGGGCUGGGGUCUGGAGCAGCUCCGGGAGGCCAGGACCGAGCUCAGGGAGGUGUCGCAAACGCUGCAGAAAGCAGGUGUGGAGGCGGACGCCAACACAGAGGGAGUGAGGUCACUGGAGAGACUCCGAGAGCUGUCCGUCAGCCGGCAGCAGCUCCUCGCCGCCGUCAGCAACCUGCCCAGGCUUUACGCAGUCCAGGGCUUGGUUCUGGAGACGGAGCGUCUGGUGGAGUCCCGGCGGCUGCUGGAGGCCCACGCCCGGCUGAUGGAUCUGGAGCGCUGGCAGGACGACAUCCUCUGGCAGCUCGGCGGCGCUGACGGGCCGACAGGAAGUGCUGUAAGUGCUGAUGACCAGGAGCUGGCGGCCAAGUAUUUCUCUGGAGUGCAGCAGCUGGUGGACGCCCUGGGGAAGGAGAUGUGGGCGGUGGUGAGCAGCGCUCUGGCUUUGGCGCCACAGAACCCCACGCCGUUCGUGUCCGCCGUGCGGAUAGUGGAGCGCGAGGAGGCCCUGGACCGCGCUCUGCUGGCACAGAGAGGAGGCGGUGGUGGCGGCGGCAGGCCCCUCCCUCCCGGACGACCUCGAUGCUGGCGAGCUCGCUUCUUCCAGGUGCUGGAGGAGGCGGUGUCCGCUCGCUUUCGCAGCGUCUCCUACCUGCACACUCGUGGUCCGGGUCUGGCGGGUCACCUUUCCGCCCUGCAGCACGCUGUCAUGGCUGACCUGGCCACGGUACGCCAUCUGCUGGAGCACUGCGUCCCCCCACACUACCAGCUGACAGCUGCCUACCUGAAGGCCACCCACCACUGUUUACACACUCACCUGACACAGGUGAGCAGCUGGGAUCUGGAGAGCGGCGAGAUCUUUGCCGUGCUGAACUGGGUGCUGCACAUCUACAACAGCCCUGACAUGCUGGGUCACCCUGAGCUGGUGACGGAGGCCGACCGAGCGGUGCUGGGACCCCUCAUCUCCUCAGAGGGGCUGGAGCAGCUCCAGAGCAAAUACGUGCAGAGCGUGCGGAAGAGCGUGUCAGAGUGGAUGCUCAAAGCUUUGCAGGUGGAGCUGCAGGACUGGCAGAGAGAUCAGGAGCCAGACACAGACCACGAAGGCUUUUACCUGACCAGCCUUCCUACCAUCAUCACACAGAUGCUGGAGGAGAACGCCCGUGUGGCGCUCAUGAUUGGAGAAUCACUCCGAGAUCAGACCAUCCAGAUGGGGCUGUACGAGAUAGAAAACCUGCUGAACAGGUUUCGAGAGGCUCUGGUGGAGUUUGGGAAGGAGCAUCUUAAGGAUCCGAGUAGCAACAGGUUCUACCUGCACUACCUGCUGGCCUCCAUCAGUAACUGCGUUAUUCUCAAGCAGUCCACAGAGACCCUGCAGCUGCAGCAGUCCUCUCAGUCAGCGGGACACUUCUCCCGGACGCCCCCCAACCCUCUGGCGGCGCUGGACCGGGCAGUCCGCCGGGCGUGCCGCUUGGUGAUGGAUCAGCUCCUGUUGGACCUGCAGCCCUUCCUGCCCGGCCUGCUGACCCGACCCUGGCUGGUCCAGGGAGACCCCACCCCCAAACUAUGCAGCAUCCUGGAGCAUCACCUGGAGCUCCACGGCUUCGUCCGGCCGCCCUGUUGCCAGCGCCUGCAGGAGGAGGCCCAGUGGCUGAUGGUGGUGGAGUACGUCCGAGCGCUGAUGCAGAAGAGGUUUGUGUGUCGCAGCAAUGAGGACAGGAAGCAGCUGGCCCAGCAGAUGCUCCAGGACGACCAGCUGUUCAGAGAAACCUUCCACAGUCUGCGAGGAGCACGUGUCUGUGCUGCUGGACAUCCGUGGCGACGUCUCCAGGGACGUCAGGGCAGCGGUGCUGGACCUUCUGGAGCAGAGCGCCCCCCCCCUGCCGGCGGGGUACCGGCCCAUCUUCACCGACAUCUUGGUGCCCCCCUCCACCACAGUUUUCUGCCUGCCCACCGCCAGGUGUGCAUGAGUGCAGGGGGGUUCAGAGGAUGGCGUCCUCCCAGAGUCCUCCUCACCUGGAGCGUGGCGGGUUUAUAGUCUAUCCAUCAGGUGAGCUGCCAGUUCAGGUGACCUGGACCUGCCGGUUCAGGUGACCUGCCGCUUCAGGUGACCUGCUGGUUCGGGUGAGCUGCCGGUUCAGGUGACCUCCCAGUUCAGGUGACCUGGACCUGCCGGUUUGGGUGACCUCCCGGUUCAGGUGACCUGGACCUGCCGGUUCGGGUGACCUGCCGGUUUGGGUGACCUGCCGGUUCAGGUGACCUGCCGGUUCGGGUGACCUGCUAGUUCAGGUGAGCUGCUGGUUCAGGUGAGCUGCCGGUUCAGGUGACCUGCUGGUUCAGGUAAGCUGCCGGUUCAGGUGAGCUGCCGGUUCGGGUGACCUGCUAGUUCAGGUGACCUGCCGGUUCAGGUGACCCGCCGGUUCAGGUGACCUGGACCUGCCGGUUCAGGUCCGGACUCUACUUCCUGGUUUGUGUCUUCUUCUGCUCAGAAAGUCUCAGAAUAAAAACAUUUUUUAGAAUGUAUGAAAAAUGUAAAAUAAGAUUUUCUGUUGAAACAUUUCUCUCUACUGAUGCAUUCGGACUUCAUCUACUCUGUUAUAAACACAAUAAAUUACUUUUUUUGUUUUAUUUUCAUAUUUAGAAACCUCCUGUGCAUUAAAAUCAUCCACGUGAAAGCUUCUAUGUUUUUUUAAAUUCUGGUCACGGAGAAAACUCAUGAAUUCAAAUUAACUCCAUUUGUCAUUAAACUCCAUUUAUUUACGGAAUAAACGUUUUUUAAAACUGAAGGAAACAAAUAGUUAAAGACAGUCAGAUAUAGAAAACUUUGUGUUUCUCUGGGAUUUUGGACUAACUGUGAUUGCUAGAUAUUUAAAUGCCUUAAAUUUAAUAUUUUAUCAAAUGUUUCUGUUUUUUGUCAGGAAGUCGUAAAAUGCCAUUUGAAAUGUAUUUAUUCUAUUUAUGAGAUUUGUCUUAAUUCCUCUUCAUCACAUGUUGAUGUUAGCAUGCAGUGUUAAUUAAAUAUUGUUUUUUUUAUUUAUACUGUUAAUAAGUGUAAACUUUUUUUCUGUUUAUGAACAGACGAAUAUGGAAAUUACAAUAAAAACCAAUGAAGCACAUGCUUCAUUAGCACAGUUCUAGUUUUUAUUGUUAUUAUUAAAACAUAUGCAACCUUUUUUAAUAUAGAAUGGUUGCACACAUCUGGAUUAAAAUGUUUUGAGUGAAAACAGUUUAUUUCCUGUGUUUUGCUUUGAGUUUUCCCUUUAGUAGAAACUUGGAAUGAACCAUCGCGCGGAUGCCAACAAUGUCAGUUAAAAUAAUGUCUUUAAGGAAAGUAUUAUGAUUGUUUCAAGGGAUUUAUUGGUUUAUAAUAAAGAUUUAUUUUUUUAAUUUCAUUUUUUAUUGGGGGGGGGGGGGUAAUCUCUGUUAAUUAAUUGUUGAUUAAAAAAAGACAAAAAUAAAUAAAACACCUUUCAAGCAAAGCCAUCUUUGUCCUGCUAAUGUUAUUUCUUGCUUUUUUGUAUUUUAGACGUAUAAACAACACACGAACAAACAGACAGAUGUGUCAGUGCCCAGCUCCAAACAGACAAUAAAAGAGGCAAAAUCAAAAAAUCAUGUUUUUGCUCUUUUUGACUGUAGACCACAUUUCCUUCCAACGUUUCCAUGUAACUCUUCAGGCAUUGAGGACGACAUCUGAAAUGUUGACCUCUGAGUUUCAUCUCUCUCUCUAACAGGAUUAAUGCUGAUCCCGACCAAUAAUACCCCCCAGCCCCCGAAAGAACAAAGCCUUCACUGGAUGUUUUCCCUUCCUUAAGACCUUCAGGCUUUUAAAACACACUCCGAUACGCAGGAACGCCGGGAGCUCCAUCUUCUGCUCACAGGUUAUUUUUUAUCCUGUGUAUGCAUUACUCCAAUAAAAACUCUAUUUAUGA